AGCAGAGUUUAAAUUCAGGCUUCAUCAAUUGAAUCUUUAGACAAUUUCACUGAGGAUAACAAAUUGUUUUCAGAGCAUUGAAGUUAACAAACCCAGGAUAUUUUAAACUGCAAGAAAUUAACAGCAAGAAUGAAGACAGUCAUUGUCAUUUUCUAUCUGCUGAGUGUAGUCUACACUGUCCCAAUUUCUCAAAAUGGUGAAAUGAAAGAUAAGAGGCCAGAAAACCAUACUACUGAAGAAAAUACAUCAGAAGACACGACACUGAGAAAUAUGUCUAGUCAAAAUGUUGGCAUAGAUCUGAAUACAGAUACAUCAUCUGAAGAAAGUAGUUCAUCAGAAAGCGAGACUUCAGAAGAAGAUGAUACCUCUGAAGACCAGACUUCAGAAGAAAGCAGUUCAUCAGAAUCAUCAGAAGACAAGACUUCUGAAGAAAACAGUUCAUCACAAAACCAGACUUCUGAAGAAAGCAGUUCAUCAGAAGACAAGACCUCUGAUGAAAGCGACAGUGACUCAGAAGACACGAGCUCUGACGAAAAUAACAGUAUUGAUACUUCAGAAGACAAGACAUUUGAAGAAGAUGAUGAUACCUCAGAAAUGGAGAGUGAUUCAGGUGAACAUGGGAAUACCAGAGAUGACAGCAGGGACAGUGAAGAUGCUUAUAAAAGGAAGAGGAUUAAAAUCUUUGAAGUCAAACACAAAAGUGACGAAGAUGAUGACAGCAGUGAUAGUGAAACUGAUGAAGAUGCCAGUGAUGAUGAAGAUAACAGCAACAAGAAGGAGCAGGAGCUGGAGGGGAGUGACAGUGAAGAUGAUUAUGAAGACAGUGAGCAUGAAGACAGCAAAGAAGAAAAUGGCAUUAACAGCAAAAUGGACACGAGACAUUACAGAAGAGGGGAUGAUGGCUGUGAAGAUUCUAGUGAUGAAUAUGUUUUUCAAGACAUAGGUGACAAUAGCUAUGCGUUUAGUGAGCAACUUCUCAUGCAUGGAGAUGAGCCUGAAGAAUUUCAGUCAUGGUGACCUUAAUAAAAAAAAAAUAAAGAA